AUGACUGAUCAACUAAUGGUCUCAAGGAAAAAAAAGAGAAAAAAGGGCAAAGUCGAUUCCUUUUGUUGCCAUUCGACCUGGGUUCUUAUCAGAUUAUGAAAAUUUGCGAGCUUUUUUUGGGAGGGGUGAUUCUUAGUUUCCCUGUUUGGAUUCGAGAGGAUUAGAAUGUUAUUUUGCAGGGGAUUUUCUCGGAUUUCUUCCAACUUUCCGAGAAAACGAAGCUUCUUUCUCUGCCCUUCUUUUCUCGGCUCUCAUCGGCACCUCGUGGUGCUCGAUCAAGAUCAUUCUCGCCCUGGCUCUGCACAGGAGGGCUUCGGUUGCAGAGAAACUUAUUCAUGGAGAUCUCCUGUUUUUGGCAAUUUUAGACAUCAACUCUAUCAUCAGAGCAGCUCCUUAGUUGAGGAGGAGCUUGACCCGUUCUUGCUUGUUGCCGAUGAGCUGUCCCUUCUCGGUAAUAAAUUGCGAGCAAUGGUCGUUGCUGAGGUUCCGAUGCUUGCCUCUGCAGCCGAGUAUUUCUUUAAAAUGGGGGUUGAAGGAAAGCGCUUUCGUCCUACGGUCCUGCUGUUGAUGGCAACUGCUCUAAAUGUACGUUUACCAGAUAUACACGCAUCAGAACUACGUGCAAGGCAACAGUGUAUAGCUGAAAUCACAGAGAUGAUACACGUUGCGAGCCUUUUGCAUGAUGAUGUCUUGGAUGACGCAGAUACAAGGCGCGGUAUCGGUUCAUUGAAUCUUGUGAUGGGAAACAAGCUAGCUGUGUUAGCCGGAGACUUUUUGCUCUCCCGAGCUUGUGUGGCUCUUGCUUCUUUGAAAAAUACCGAGGUUGUAUCGUUGCUUGCAACAGUUGUUGAACAUCUUGUUACGGGUGAAACGAUGCAGAUGAGUAGCACAUCCGAGCAGCGUCACAGUAUGGACUACUAUAUGCAGAAGACGUAUUACAAGACUGCAUCUUUGAUUUCGAAUAGCUGCAAGGCCAUUGCCCUUCUUGCGGGCCAAACGGCGGAAGUUGCCAUUCUAGCUUUUGAGUACGGGAAAAAUCUGGGUUUGGCAUACCAAUUGAUAGAUGAUGUCCUUGAUUUCACAGGCACAUCGACUUCUCUCGGGAAAGGAUCUCUAUCUGAUAUCCAACAUGGAAUAAUAACAGCUCCAAUCCUCUUUGCAAUGGAAGAAUUCCCACAACUAAUCGAAGUUGUUCAUCAGGGAUUUGACAAUCCGAACAACGUUGACAUUGCGCUGGAGUACCUCGGAAAGAGCAGGGGAAUACAAAGGACGAGAGAGCUGGCCUUGGAGCACGCCAACCUCGCUGCUGUGGCUAUCAGGUCGUUACCUGAAACCGACGAUGAAGAGGUGAAAAGGUGUAGGCGUGCACUCAUUGAUCUCACCCAUAGAGUCAUCACCCGAAAAAAGUGACCAACUCUCUCUUCAGUCAGUUUCUCUUUAUACCCGAGCUCUUUUGGCUUGCUACUUCGGCCGUUGAUAGCAAUGAUGUGGUGGGAAAACUGCUUAAAAUGAGUUUCAUUCGAUUCAUUUAA